CGACCAUUGCAGCUUAGCCUCGCCGAGUAUAUAUAUUUGCCCAAGCCUUCAUUCCUGCGAGACUUUCGUGUCGUCUCGUAUUUUCGUGGCUCUCCGUGGCGGAGAUGAAUUUGGUGCGAGUGUCAAAGUGACGGAUUGACAACGAGCAGCAGCGGCAGCAGCAGUAUACGCGCGUGUUCCGUUUAUAUGAGUUUCUUGUGACACGUUAUAUAGACAGAUAUAUAUUAUAUGCAACAAGCUUCUCGUGUUUCUCGCAGGCACAAUUCGACGAAUACGUUUUGCUUUUUUGUUUUGUUUUGCUUUUGGUGAUAAAAAAUUGAAUGUGCACAAAGGAUUUUUAAAAUCUCACGAAAUAUGUACAGCUCAGUGGUGACGCAGCAACAGUACGAAGUCAAAGAGAUCAGCGCGGAGGCAAAAGAGAAGCCGACAACGACGACGGAAUGCGACUCCGAGCCGACUCCUUUGCCGUGCGACGAGGAGGGCACGCAGCCGAUUAUUUGGCGAAACGUCAUCGGCAUCGCGCUCCUCCACAUCCUUACGAUUCGGGCAUUUUAUCACGUUAUCACGGGCUACGAGCAAGCGACACUGGCCACCUGGAUAUUCACUUCAUCAUGGGGAAUAAUAUCAGGCAUCGGCAUUACCGCGGGCCUUCAUCGUUUAUGGGCUCAUCGGAGUUACUCGGCAAAGCUGCCUCUCAGGAUUUUCUUAGCCACUCUCUACUGCAUGGCUGGCCAGACGCACUUUUACAAAUGGAUCCGAGAUCACAGGACUCAUCACAAGUUCACGGAAACCAAGGCGGAUCCGCACGACGCUAAUCGCGGCUUUUUCUUCUCCCACGUCGGCUGGCUCAUGAUGAAGCGACAUCCGGCUGUCAUCAAGUACGGCAAGAAAAUCGACAUGAGCGAUAUCGAGGCGGAUCCCGUCAUUCGCUUCUUCGACAAGUACUACGAGUUGAUCAUGCUGUCGCUGGCUUUCGUCAUACCGACGCUCAUCCCGGUCUACUGCUUCGGCGAGACUUAUUACGUGGCGAUUCACGCGGUCAUCAUUCGCUACGUUUUCCUGCUCAAUCAGACCUUCCUCGUCAACAGUUUCGCCCACAUGUGGGGCAAUCGUCCAUACAACAGAAACGUCAAACCGACGGACAACGCCGUGGUGUCGUUCUUCGCGCUGGGCGAGGGCUGGCACAACUAUCAUCACGCCUUCCCCUGGGACUACAAAGCCGCCGAGCUGCCCGGCUGGAUGCUGAACCCGAGCACGGCCUUCAUCCAGCUCAUGGCCCUGGUCGGUCUGGCCUACGAUCUCAAGACGCCGAGCAAGGAUCUCAUCGAACGCGUCAGUCUCAAUAAGGGCGACGGCACGAGCAGCUUCUGGGGCAGGGAUCAUCAUCGUCAGCGGGACGCGGAGAUGAAAAAAGAUCGUUGAAAUUUUUUUUUCAUUUAUAGGUGAUAAUAUGAUGCGUGUACAAGAUUGAAUCGAGAACACCGUUAGUCUAUUUAAAUGUACCAUUUUUUAUUUUAAUUAAUAAGUUUGAUGAUUUUUUAUGUAAAUAAAUGAAUAUCAUAUUACGUUUAUGAAGAUGACGAUAAGUGUACUAAUUUAAAAAUAACAACGUGCCACAGAUUUGAGCACUGAUAA